CUUCAUACAACCAUGUCAAAACCUUCCCGACCUUAUUUACGGGAUCUGCAGUUCCGCGGUGUCGUCGAAGGACUCACAUACCUUGACGACAAGUCAAAACCUCUGUGCCAUUUCUUCGGUGGUGUCCCAUUCGGUCUUCCGCCAGUAGGACCGUUUCGCUUCCAGAAGCCGAGAUCGUUGCCAACAUGCUAUCGCUACGGAACGAAGUCCAAUCCUGGGAGGUUCACCGGCAGUUGUGGGCUGUGUCCACAGAUCACUCGGCAAGGACUUGACGAUCAUCUGUGGGAGGAGGACUGCUUGCAGAGCAACAUUUGGGUUCCGAUUGGGGAGCCACCCAAAGGAGGGUGGCCGGUGUUGUUCUACAUACAUGGAGGUUUCCUUCAAUUCGGCAACCCAAAUGACAUGGACAUGCGCGCCUUCCUCAGCGACUCACCCACGCGAUGCAUUGUAGUUGCGCCUGCCUACCGACUAAAUCUCUUCGGCUUCCUCUCCUCAUCUGAAUUACUCCAAGCAUGUCCCGACUUCACUGUCAACCUUGGUUUCUGGGACCAGCGACUAGCUCUGCGGUGGACAUGGGAGAACAUCAGCUACUUCGGCGGCAAUCCUUCGAACAUCACCGUCUCAGGGUACUCGGCCGGAGCACACUCUGUGUUUCAUCAGCUAGCGUACGACCUUGGUGUACCUGACAAGAAGGCCAUAGUGAAGAGGGCACUCAUGCUCUCAAACGGCCCGGGCAUGCAGCCAAAGAGCUUGGAUGAGUCGACACAGCAGUUCAACGAGUUCCUAACAGCUCUCAGCAUUCCAUUGAAGCUUCGACCAUCCGAGAAACUCGUAAAGUUACGCGCACUACCUGCGAAGACCCUUAUCUCAGCCAGCAACAAGAUCAAAAUCCACCAAUUCCGGGCCGUCACAGACGGCACAUUCGUGCGCCCCAACCUCAUCGGCGAACUCUCCAACGGGAAAUUUGCACAGCGCUUAAAGCGCCGAAACGUCAAAAUCAUGAUGGGCGAGUGCUCACAAGAGCACUUCCUAUACGGGACCUGGAAGCCACCAAAAUCUGGGUUCGACAACCUGCUCCACCGUCUGGAGGCAGACUAUCCUCAAGCCGCUGUCGAGGUGCUGAUGAAGCACUACUUCCCCGACCGCACAUUGCCAAAGAAGUAUCGGAGUUGGGGUGACGCUUUUGGGCACGUGUAUGCGGAUGUACAGAUCCACGCACUCGAACGCGGCAUGGCGAAUGCAUUGAUUCAGCACAGUGCGGGUGAUCUGCUGCAUCGAUAUCGAAUAGAGUGGCGCGCGAAGUGCGUGGAUGAGAAGGUGCCAAAGAAGUACGGUCCAACGCAUACAACGGAUUUGCCAAUCUGGUUCUGGGGUAAUGGCGAUGAUCUUACUGUAGAUGAGAAGAAUGUGGUUACUGAGGCAUUUCAGAAACCAUUAGCCCAGUUUCUGAAAGGCGAAGAGGUACAGUGGGGGACCAGAGACGACAGGCAGAUUCGGACACUCAAGGAGACCGGACAUGUUGUGAUCGAAGACGAUGAGAGCUUGCAAGAGGGUUUGGAGCUCUGGAAGGCGCUUAGCAACUUCAAUGCUCCCCGGCGGCCGCGGGAGUCAAUGUUAUGAGCCAAUUC